AUGGCACGGCUCUUUGAGUACUUCGUUGUGUGUGGGUUGGGACCUGAGAUUCGGACCCUGGAUGGGAACAGAGGGUUCCAUGGAACAGAGGAGAUGUACUUGCCUUCGCUUCUGGAUCAGUACCCUCCUCCUAAUCACUCUCUCUACCCUCCUCCGCCUCCGCAGCUUCCCACUCAACUGUACGUGGUGGAUAAAAAUACAAAAGAUCCAUGUACACAGGACAUUCCACACAUAUCUGCAAUCAGCAACGGGCCUAGAGUCUGUGGUGUCCUUGAGAAUCAUGAAGUCCUUAAUGAGUUCGUUGAGGGGAUUUUCAUUUCUUGUGGCCUUUGUGAAGAGUCUGAUAAUUUUGCAGAAUUCAGAGUCCAGUAUAACAUUAGAGAUUCCCUCCCUCUGAAGCAUCUACAAGCCCUUCAGAAUGGGCCAAAGCUUUGUGGAUAG